AUUGACCACACCACAAACUUAACACAACUCUGUUUCAGCACUUCCUGAAGAUCAUGGCCGAGUGUUUUGUCUUUGAUAUUACUGAAUCGUUGCUAAGCAAGCUAGCUUCUUAUGUUUACGAAGAAGCUUCUCGAGCCUAUGGGGUGUAUGACGAUCUUCGAGGGAUCAAAGACACUUUGUCAAUAGUUAAAGGUGUGCUGUUAGACGCUGAGGAGAAGAAGGAACAAAAUCAUGGCGUGCGGGAAUGGCUCAGGCAGAUUCGAAACGUCUGCUUCGAUGCUGAAGAUGUGUUAGAUGGACUUGAUUGCCAAAACCUGAGAAAGCAAGCUCUCAAAGCUUCAGGCAACACUAGGAUGAAGGUAGAUCACUUCUUUUCUUCAUUUAAUUCUCUUGUCUUUCGCUUUAGGAUGGCUCAUCAAAUAAAACAUGUUAGGCGUAGACUGGAUAAGAUAGCAGCUGAUGGGAACAAGUUUGGUCUUGAGAGAAUUGAUGUUGACAACAGACUUGUCCAAAGGAGAGAAAUGACUUAUUCCCAUGUUGAUGCUUCUGGGGUGAUUGGAAGGGAGAGUGAUAGGGAAAAAAUUAUCAAGCUUUUGAUGCAACAUCACCCUAAUGGUGAUGGUUAUGGAGAUCAAAGUAUUUGUGUUAUUCCCAUAGUGGGUAUUGGAGGGUUGGGAAAGACCACACUUGCAAAGUUGGUGUUCAAUGAUAAGAGAAUGGAUGAUCUUUUCCAGUUGAAGAUGUGGGUGUGUAUCUCUGAUGACUUUGACAUAAGGCAGAUACUUAUUAAAAUCAUCAACUCUGCUUCUGCUUCAGCUCCAACUAUUGCUCUUGCUCACCAAGAAAACAUUAAAAACUUUGAUAUUGAGCAGCUACAAAGUCGUCUUAGACACAGGCUUUCUGGUCAGAAAUAUUUGCUAGUCUUGGAUGACGUAUGGAAUGAUAAUCGUCCAAAAUGGACACAGUUGAAAGAUUUAAUUAAAGUGGGUGCAGUAGGAAGCAAAAUCUUGGUGACAACACGUAGUAACUCAAUUGCUUCAAUGAUGGGCACUGUUCCCUCGUACGCUUUGGAAGGUCUUUCACUGGAGAAUUGUUAUGCUUUGUUUAACAAAUGGGCAUUUAAGGAAGGAGAAGAAAAAAAAUAUUCAAAUCUAGUAGAGAUUGGAAAAGAAAUUGUGAAAAAAUGUAUAGGGGUGCCACUAGCCGUGAGAACUUUAGGAAGUUCUCUGUUCUUAAAUUUUAAUUUAGAAAGGUGGGAAUUUGUAAGAGACCAUGGCAUUUGGAACUUAAAACAAGAAAAAGAUGACAUUUUACCUGCUCUUAAGUUGAGCUAUGACCAAAUGCCUUCCUAUUUGAGGCACUGUUUUGCUUUCUUUUCUCUUUACCCAAAAGAUUAUGGCUUUACUGGUGCUAAAGUUGUUAAUCUUUGGGUGUCACUUGGGUUACUUCGAUCUGAGGUUGGAAGUCAAAAGCUAGAGAAUGCUGCAAGACUGUAUAUAGACGAGUUACAUUCGAGAUCAUUUCUUGAGGAUUUUGAGGACUUUGGCAACAUUUACUAUUUCAAAGUGCAUGAUUUGGUACAUGAUCUUGCCCAGUAUGUUGCAAAAGAAGAGAUUCUUGUGGUAGACUCAGGCACCCGGAAUAUACCUGAGCAAGUAAGGCAUUUAUCAGUUGUUGAAAAUUCACUAAGGGAUGCUUUGUUUCCCAAGUCCAGUAGAGUGAGAACUAUAUUAUUUCCGACAGAUGGAGUUGGUGUUGACAGUGUAGCUCUUUUGGAUGCAUGGAUAGCAAGAUACAAAUUCUUGCGUAUUUUAGAUUUAAGUGAUUCCUCUUUUGAGACAUUUCCCAAUUCAAUUGCUAAACUGGAGCAUCUGCGAGCUCUCAGUCUUGAAAAUAACCGAAGGAUAAAAAGACUUCCUCAGUCCAUAUGCAAACUCCAAAAUUUGCAAGUUUUGACUUUGAGAGGAUGUGUGGAGCUUGAAACAUUGCCUAAAGGAUUCGGGAUGUUAAUCAGCCUUCGACAAUUGUCUAUCACCACAAAACAGUCUAUUCUUUCAGAGGAUGAAUUUGCAAGCUUGAUCAAUCUUAAUACUUUGAGUUUUGAAUUUUGUGACAAUUUGAUGUUUCUGUUCCGAGGGACACAACAACUCAAAUCCCUUGAAGUUUUGAUUGUUCAAUCAUGUAGGAGUCUGGAGUCCUUUCCUUUUCAUAUUCUCCCUAAACUGGAGGUUCUAUUUGUCAUAAGGUGUGAGAUGCUAAAUCUGUCCUUGAACUGUGAAAACCCCAUCGAGAGAUUGAGGAUGAAGUUUCUGCAUAUUGAGGAAUGUCCAAGGCAACAGACAUUGCCUCAAUGGAUUGAAGGAGCUGCAGAAACUUUGCAGACGUUGUUAAUUUCAAAUUUGCAUAGUCUUGAGAUGCUUCCCGAGUGGCUUACAUCAAUGACUCAUCUUAAGAUGCUUCAUAUUGUUAACUGUCCUCAGCUGUUGUAUCUCCCGAGUGACAUGCAUCGCCUCGGUGCCCUUGAAGAUUUGACCAUAGAUGGUUGUUCUGAAUUGUGUCAAAAAUGUGAACCACAAUCUGGUGAGUACUGGUCCUUCAUUGCUCACAUCAAACACCUUUCCAUUGGAGAAACAAGAGAAGGGAAACUCCUCUUCCAAAUGCAAAAGCAGAUUCGAUUGAAAUUGCAGGAUUUGCAGAAUUAAGGUCAUGUUAGAGACAACAAAACAGCAUGGAGGAAGAGAAAUGAACUGUUUACUAUCCCCUUAAACGAGAUCCCAAGUUCAAGUCUUGUGGAAGAAAAAACAUGGUUGUAGGAAAUAUUCCACUAAAAGUCACCAACUAGGUUCUCCAAAGGAGAUUAUUCCUCUAUGGAACUGGUGGAUACUUUAUACCAAUGACUUGUAUAUAAAAAAUAGUUCAUCAUUUGUAAAAGCCGUUAUUAGUAGGUAUUUUAAUUUCAAAAUAUUAAUUUGUGAAAGAAAAC